AUGAGCGAAGCUGGUAGUUUGCCAGGAAAGAAUAAGGACAGCCCGCCUACCUGGAGUGGAGCUGCUGAAACCUUUCAGGCGUAUGAAGAGUCAGCGAGACUCUUUGAGCAAACCACCCCGUACAACAAGCGUUACUUGUGCGGGCCGAAAUUGCAAGCAGCGCUAGAAGGAGCAGCACUUCGCCUGGUGGUAGGCAAGCGCGCGGACUGGCUAUCCGACAAUGGGGGUGUAGAGAGACUGUUGAGCCAUCUCCGGCAGAGCCUGGGAAAGCCUCAGAUGCCCGAACUGACUGACCUGUUGGGGAGGUACUUCCGAGCUACAAGGAGGCGAGCUGGAGAAACCAUGAACAGCUACAUUACCCGGAAGACGGAGGUCUAUGUCCGCUGCCAACAAGCCCUUCAUCGGGUCAAACCUCAUCAUAGCCGUGAGUCAAAGCCAAGCUGGACUGGGGGAGGCCAUGAAGCCUACUCCGACGCCUGGUACCCCCGAGAUCGUCGCAACAGUGGUGAUGCGUGGUUCUUUUAUUCUGGAGGCCAAACUGGAACCAGAGGAAAUGAUCAAGGAGGCGAGGAGGCCACAGAGCCGGGAACCGCCCCUGCGACAGCCUCGGCCUCAGAGACCAACCGAGAUAACCCUGAAGCAACUGAACGCAGCUGGAAUGGCAACUGGACUGCAGGAUGGGCGAGCCAUCAGUGGCAACAGGGAGCUUGGUCCUGGGGAUAUGGUUCCUCGUGGCAAUGGAGCCCAUGGUCGCAGGAAGGGUGGAAUUACCCUUCAGCGGCCCACUACGAGGGCUAUCCAGAAGUGGUUCCUGAGUUCAUUCAAGCGUGGAUGUUGUUGACAGAUGCCAAUCUGGAGAGUCAGGAAAGGAACUUGAUUCUGACAGCCUUGCAGGGAGACCUCACCAUUCCUCGAGUCUCUCAGGAACUGAGAAACCACUUCCCUGAGAACGAGACCCAGAAGCGCGACACCCAGCGACGGCAUCAGGGAUUUCUUGGUGAAGCAGACGAUCCUUCAGGAGAUGAUGAGGCGGCCCCGGACAAUGUGUUUCAAGCUGAGGAAGAGCUGACCGAGGAAGGCUAUGCAGCAUGGUCCGCUGCGGAAGAAGAGUGCCAUCAAGCAUUGGCAGCAGUGGAGCAUGCCAGGCGGACCUUGAAGGUGGCUCGCGAGAAACAAAAGAUGGUCAAGUUGAAUCGUCAGUAUUGCAGGAGUAGCCAGAACUCCCGAAGCUCAGACAUCAAGCGGGAUGAUAAGAUCACCUGCCUUCGAUGCGGACAAGUGGGGCACAGGGCGGCCAACUGCCCAGCGCCGCAUCCCAAGGAAGGAAGAUCUACUGAGAUGGCGCCCUUCGUCUGCUAUGUGGACCUUUCGCCCGAGCUGGCACAUCAGACAGGGGAAGCCCAGUUCAACUCCGGACCUGAGACAGGCCUGGCUACGACGACCGAGGAUGGCGAGCUCAUCAACUGGACAUCUCAGGAGCUGGCUUUGCAGACCGGUGAAGCCUCCAUGAACACCCCCACAACGGCUGAGGCAGUCAAUGCUGGAAAGGCCAUCAUCGACUGCGGGGCUACAAAGUCCCUUGGCUCGGUGUACGCGCUUGAAAAGGUGAUGCAGUUGAGUGCCAAUGGCGUGAGUCAAGUGGAUGUUCAUGAGAGACCUGUCUUCGGGUUUGGGAACUCAUCUGAAGACAAAUGCGUCAGCACUGUUCAUUUGAACCUGUUGGCCGGAGGCCGACCAGGUCACAUCAAGGUUCAUGCCCUUGAUAAGGGUUCAGCUCCAAUUUUGUUUUCUGUGUCCUCCCUAAAGGCACUCGGUGCCAUAGUAGACUUUGGUGAAGGAACCAUGGUCAUGCGGAAGGUGGAUGAUCAGAAAUUGGUUCAACUUGAGCAAUCUCGUGCUGGACAUCUCCUCCUUCCAUUAACAGGAGACAUCUUAGGUCAGGCGGUGACAACCCAAGCUCCAGCGCCUUGCCUCAGCAGUUUUGCACAGCAGUCGGCAGCCAAGCAAGUCCCGGUGACGCCUUCGGUGUUGGGAGCAACGCAACUGAAAUCAGUUGUGAGCAAGCUAAUGGUGAAUUUCCGGUUGCAAGAGAUCACCGGGGCCGUCCUCGGACAGACAAUCAAGAAGCUCAAUCAGGGCCCACCCUCCGAAUACCAGACCUGGCUUCGUCAGUUGAACCAGGCCAAGGUUCGCAAGGCCCUGUUGCAGAAGUUCGUGGGGGAGAAGCUCAAGUUGAGCAACGUGGACAACAUGACCAUCCCGCAACUCGAGCUGGCAGGGCUGAGGAAGAUCUACGAGAUUUCCAAGCCGCAUCCGACAGACCCUAUGGGCUUCGGGAAGUACAGCUACAAGAGCUACGAACAGGUCAUGGCGGAGGACUCGGGAUACUGCGAGUGGGCAAAGAAGACGGUCUCAGAGGGACCGGAUCGGUGCGACCCGAAGCUGUCCCGCUUCACGCGCUGGCUCGAGAUGGUGGGUCAGGAAGAGCUGAUCCCAGAGAAGAACCUGUUUGCCAAGUUCAAGGGACCGUCGAAGUCCACCAAUAAGGAGGCGAGCAGCUCUCAAGCCAGUGCCUCGUCAAGCCAGCCGAGCUCCAUCGAGGCCAAGAUGGAGACCAUGAUCAAUAUGAUGACCGAGUUGCAGGGCGAAGUGGAGAAGAUCAAGGAAGACCACAAGCCCCGCAAGAAGGGUCCCAGUGCUCGCGAGGUGGAGUCCGAUGCCACAAGCUUCCAGAUGGCCCAGAAGGAGGAACUCCAAAAGAAACGGGAAGCCGCCAUGAGGUUUUACCAGACGGCCAAGAAGCUUUUGGCAGUCUCCAGGACAUUCGACGGUCCCAAGAAGCUGGUCAGAGCCGAAGGAGUCCCGGCUCAAAACAAGGUCGGUUCCUCGGUCCUGCCCGAGUGCUUGCCACUAGACCCGGAGAGACGAACAGGGGCAGCCCCGGCCGAGUGGCAGUGUGUGGUGUGUUCGUGGUUCCGUUUCAGGGGAAAGCGAGCUUCACCAGAACCUGCGGAGGUACUUGAUGAGCCAGACACUGGUGGUGCCGCCAGCUCACGCAGCCGUGCCCUCUUUUCAGACUUGAACAACUCACUUCAUGAAGUGAUUCCUGGCGAAAAGUGGUAUGACAAAGUGCCCGAAACAGCUUGGUUCUCAGAGACUUCCGAGUACUGGCAGGAUAAAUCUGCAGCCGUCGAAAUUGAGAUUCCUUUACCAGACGAGGCAUACGAGCACCGUGCAACUUCUGCACCAGUGAUGACGAAACAAACUCGACAACUUUUUCUUCAACUGGCUGCCAACCAAAAAUGGGAGGUGGCCAAGGGCGACAUUACUGGCGCCUUUCUUCAAGGCAAGGAGCUCACGGAGACAUUGUACUGCGUCCCAACGGACGAAAUAUGCGCGGCGCUGAAGAUACCCAGCGGCUCAGUGACCAGAUUGAGACGCGCAGCGUAUGGACUGGUACAAGCUCCAUUACAAUGGUACUUGACCAUAGCCGAGUUUCUUGAAGAGAUAGGUCUCGAACGUCUUCGGUCGGACCCAUGCGCAUGGGUCUGGCGACCAGACAAGAAUGCCAAACCUCGAGCCAUGGUCGUAGGUCAUGUCGAUGACUUUUUAUUUGCAGGUCCAAAAAGUGAUGCAGGUUGGCUUGAUCUGGUUAAGCGCAUCAAAGAACGGAUAAGAUACCAAUGGAGUGAGAUGUUGUACGGCUUUGAGAGUACCAAAAACCCCGAUAGCACAGUGUCCAAGGUAACUGGUUGUGUUAUUUCCGACUCUCGCAAUGUCUACGACAAACUCCAGAGUGAAGUGUUGACAAUCAAAGGGGCAGAGAAAAAGGCUAACAUAGAGUUGCUUAGCUUGAAGGAGGCUCAAAAGCGAGCCGGUGUGGUGAUCCGUUGGGUGCAUUCCGAAGCCCAGCUCGGCAACUCCCUCACAAAGAAGAAUGGGGGCAAGGAGUUGGAGUUGUUUUACAGGAUGCAGCACACCUGGAGAACCGUGGAGGACGACUUGAUGCGCUCAGCACGCAAGAGAAAG